GUUGGCGUUGCGUUAAAUUCCCACGCACAAGAAUAAGAUCCCAUUACCCAAAUUUGCGUUUACAGACUGUUCGUUUCCUUACGAUUUCUCAAUCCCUCUGUACAGAGAGAAACGAGACGGAGGAGCCUUUUUCUUUGAAGGGGGAGACGCAGAGGGAAGCGGGGGAUUGAGUUUUGAGGACAAAGAGAUGAAGAUCACGGCGUUGUUGGUCUUGAAAUGCCAACCGGAUGGAUCUGAUCCGAUUAUAUUAGCCAACGCUUCCGAUGUGAGUCAUUUCGGUUACUUCCAGAGGUCCAGCGUUAGAGAGUUCGUCUGCUUCGUUGGUCGGACCGUCGCUAAGCGUACCCCACCUGACCAGCGUCAAUCUGUUCAGCACGAAGAGUACAAGGUGCAUAGUUACAACAGAAAUGGUCUUUGUGCUGUUGGGUUUAUGGAUGAUCACUACCCAGUUCGAAGUGCAUUUUCUCUGCUUAAUCAGGUUGUGGAUGAGUACCAGAAAAACUUUGGUGAAACAUGGAGAACUACACAAGCUGAUAACGCUCAACCAUGGCCCUAUCUGAAUGAUGCUAUAAUCAAAUUCCAGGACCCUGCAGAGGCUGAUAAAUUGUUGAAAAUACAGAGGGAGUUGGACGAAACCAAAAUUAUUCUUCAUAAGACCAUUGACAGUGUGCUUGCCCGUGGUGAAAAGCUGGACAGUUUAGUUGAGAAGAGCUCUGACCUCAGCGCAGCAUCACAGAUGUUCUACAAACAAGCAAAAAAGACCAACCAGUGUUGUACCAUAUUGUAAGCUUUUGAUGAUGGCAUCACAUGUUCUUACAUAGAAGGUGAACCAGAAAAUUGACGAUUGUAAUACGAUUAUAUCCUCUACAAUUUGUUUGCUUCGCUGAAUCUUGUGAAUCUUGUGAAUCCUCGUUUGUUGUUUAAAAGAUGGGGGAAACAAAAUGUUGGGCGUAAAAUCCUAUUCGUAUAGUAUAUUAAUGUCUCAUUUUCUUCA